AUGAACAUUGAAGGUCAUGUCAGAAACUUUGAAACAUAUGAACUACCAGCAAUGUUAGAUAAGAAAGCAGAUAAAGAACAUACACAUAACUCCUUCUCAACUGUUGCUAUAGAAAGUAUUGAAGGAACGGUUGGCGGAACUGGUGGGGAUGCAUUAUAUUAUAAACCUCCUAACUUUCCACAAGGUUUAACUUCGAAUGAAAACAUAACAACGAAGAAAGAAAUUAGCUGUAAAAAUGUUUAUGUCAUGAAUGAUGAAAAUAAUGUUAAAUUCACUGCUCAAGAUUUAUAUGAUAAGAAAGCAGACAAAACAGAGCUUCAAACAUUAAAGACUGAAAUACUUCAAACAUUAAUUCCUAUAGGCUCUAUUUAUACGUCAAUGAACUCAACAAAUCCAGCAAGUGUUUUAGGUUUUGGUACGUGGCAGCAGAUUGUAGACAAAUUCUUAUACUGUGCUAACUCUUCAAAGCAAACAGGAGGCUCAAAGAAAAUUAAAGAAGCAAACUUACCUGCGCACACUCAUACAGGAACUACAAACUUUUCUGGCGACCAUAGCCACUCAUUAAGAGACCACCCAUUAUACAACUCAGACUAUAAAGCUGGCAAUGAUGUUUUAUCUCCAUCUUAUAACAAUUCAGCAAAAAAGACUUUUCGACCAACUGAACCAGGAGGAAAUCAUGUCCAUACUUUCACAACAAAUCCAACAGGCUCGGGUGAUGAUUAUAUGCCACCAUUUAUGACGGUUUAUGCAUGGUACCGCGUUCAAUGA